UCCUGGGAUGAAAAUAGUAGGGUUUUACGACCAUUUGACAGAGCUGAGAAGGGUUUUAGCACUUGAGCCAUAAGAGGAAGCUGCAAAAUCUCCACAAGAAAGCUUCACGACUGUUUUCCUUCUGAACAAAUCUCUCAUUCUCUCACACACACUAUAUCGUUCCCCUUCAAAAUCGGGUAAGUUCUUCCACUUCCGUCUCCUCACCGCUGAGAAAGGUAGGGUUUUUACUUUUACAAGAUGAAGAAAUGGACGCAUCUCUUCUGAUCUGAAUCUGCAAUAUGUUGUCAAGUUUUACCCUCAUAGAUUCCCAUGUGGGUUUCAGAAAUUAGAUUGUUUUCUCGUGGAAGAUCGAUAAUUCCUCGCAAAUUCUCUCGUUUUUAUUCGGUGGCCGCAGCUGCUGAGUUACAUCAUCACUUCUCAGUUCCGGCUGCUGAUGGCAAACCGGUUAAAGUACAGGGAAGGGGUCGUUUAAGUGGUGAUUUCUUUGAAUUAGAUAGUUUUGAAGUUGUUGAAAUCCUGAAAAGCUUGAGAAAGGAACCCAAUCUCGCCUUCUCAUUCUUUCGCCAGUUGAAGGACCGUGGCUUCCGCCAUGAUGUUGAGACAUAUGCGACAAUUAUUCGGAUUCUGUGUGACUCGGGUCUGGGGAGGAAGCUGGAUUCUCUCUUCUCGGAGCUUCUCUCGUCGGAGAACGACCGCCCUGGUUUGGAAAUUUCAAAUCUUUUCGAAGCACUCUCCCGGAGAUGUGAGGACAAGGGAGUGGGUAAGCGUUCAAGUCCACUGCUUCGGGCUUUUGAUGGAUUGGUCAAGGCCUAUGUCGGUCUUGGCAUGUUCGAUGAGGCUAUCGAUGCCUUGUUCCAGACUGGGAGGCGUGGGUUAGUCCCCCAUGCCUGGUCCUUCAAUUUCCUGAUGAAUUCUUUAGUUGAGCAUGGCAAACUGGAUAUGGCGAUGUCCAUUUACUGGCAGCUGGAGAGGCUGGGAUUGAAUCCCAAUAUUUACACCUAUACUAUCAUGAUCAAGGCUUUGUGCAGACAGGGUAAAUUGGAAGAAGCCCUUGAUAUGCUUGGGGAAAUGGAAGAAGCCGGGAUAAAUCCUGAUACUUUCACUUACACGACCUUCCUUGAUGGAUUGUGCUUGCAUGGAAAGUCUGAAUUUGGCUAUGAAGUUCUCCAAAUAUGGCAGAGGACUGGAAAACCAAUGAAUGCCUUUGCAUACAAUGUUGUGAUUCGUGGUCUUUGCAAUGAGAUGAAACUACAGACAGCCGAGGAAGUGCUUCUUGACAUGGGAAGGCAAGGGGUGGUACCUGAUGAAUAUAGUUACAGUUGCUUGAUUCAUGGGUACUGCAGAACUGGGAAUGUACUAAGGGCCCUGUCAAUCCAUAAUGAGAUGAUAUCAAAGGGUAUUAGGACAAAUUGUACGAUCAUCAGCUCAAUCCUCCAAUGCUUUUGUGAAAUGGGUAUGACCUCUGAAGUGGUGGAUCAAUUCAAAUAUUACAGGGAUUCAGGGAUUUUCCUCGAUGAGGUCUCAUACAAUAUUGCAAUGGAUGCCUUGUGCAAGCUGGGCAAAGUGGAAGAAGCUAAGAGGUUGUUCAAUGAGAUGAAGGGAAAGCAGAUGAUUCCUGAUACCAUACACUUCACAAGCUUGAUUAAUGGGCAUUGCCUGCGGGGCGAACUGGUAGAUGCAUGUGAAGUUUUUGAGGAGAUGCAGGAAAUGGGUGUUAAGGCUGAUAUUGUAACUUACAAUGUACUUGCCAGUGGGUUUUCUAGGAAUGGUCAUGCAGAAGAGGCAUUCAGGCUUUUAAAUCAUAUGGAUGAACAAGGUUUAAAACCCAACAGUGUUACAUAUGCCAUAAUCAUUGAAGGACUCUGUCUUGGUGGCAAAGUGAAGGAAGCAGAAGAAUUUUUUAAUGGUUUAGAAGAAAAGUGUCCAGAUGUCUGGACUGCCAUUGUUAAUGGGUAUUGUGAAGCAGAUCAUAUAAAAGAAGCCUAUGAUAUGUUUUCCAGGUUGUCUAAGCAAGGGGCCUGUGUUAAAAGGAGUGCUGGCCUGAAACUUCUCAGUAGCCUCUGUAAGGGAGAUGAUGUGGAUAGAGCACUUGUAGUGUUUAAGACAAUGUUGAAUUUUGGUAUGGUCCCAGAUCAAAUUGCCCAUAGUGAACUUAUGGCUGCUCUUUGUAGGGUGAGGAAAGUGACAGAGGCCAGGGAUGUGUUUAAUGAUUUGAUUGAGAGAGGGUUAACACCGGAUGCCAUUACAUAUACUAUAAUGAUAAAUGGAUACUGCAUGAUAAAUUGUUUGCAGGAAGCCUGUGAUCUAUUUGAGAGGAUGAAAGCUAACGGGGUUCAACCUGAUGUAGUCACAUACACAGUGUUGCUUGAUGGUCAUUUAAAGGCAGAUUUUACAAAGAUUCAUUCCCAUUUGCACUCAGGGGAAAUAAAAGAUUGCAUAGCUGAUGCUUCAUCUUGGUGGAGUGAUAUGAGAGAGAUGGAAAUCAGACCUGAUGUUAUUUUCUACACUGUUUUGAUUGAUGGGUACUGCAAAAUGGACAACCUUCAGGGUGCUCAUGAUCUUUUCAAUGAAAUGAUUGAAGGUGGACUAUCACCUGAUACUAUAACAUAUAUGGUCCUUAUAUCCAGCUAUUGUAGGAAGGGAGACAUGAAGAGGGCUAAGGAUCUUAUGGAUGAAAUGUCGUCCAAGGGAAUAUCAUUAGAUACCUACAUGAUCCCUGUAUUAGAUAGGAUUUUGAAGGCCAGGAAGGUGUAGUUUUCACAGUGAUGACUGAUAACUGGAGAUUUGUAAGCAGAUAAGCAAAUCCAAGCCGACUAAAUUAGCCAAAUCAUGUAUAGUGGCCUGAAUAGAAGGCAAAUGUAUUGCUCAGAAGAUUGGAGGUCACAUAUUGCAGGGUCUAAGGCACCAUUGCUUGGUGGUUGGUGCAAUGCUAAAACCGAAAAUGUUGGAUGACAAGCCUGAGAAUGUAGGUUUGGGUGAGAGAGCAGUCAUUUCAUGCAGGAAAAUGCUGAAGGUUAGGCCUGUACCUGGUCCAUCAUUUGCAAGAUCCUGGAUAUUGGAACCAAUAUUAGUUUGAAGAUGAUCUUUUUUUUUCGGGUUAUUAGUGAACAUGAUAUUGAGAGGGUGUAGAGACUCCAAGGUGGUAGUGGGCUGGCUGCAGAAUCCGAACAGUGCUGUUUGGCGCUACAAAGAUCUCCUGAAAAAAAGUAAAGUGGCUCACAAGGAAUAUGUCAGUUAACUUCCAGUGGAUUAGCAGAUAAGCAAAUACCUCGGCAGACUCUUUGGCUAAACAAGGGGUUUCUCAGGCUUCUUUGUAUUGGGCUAACCUAUAGUUGUGUUCUGCUUAUUGAUAAGAUUUGGGUCUGUACUCAUCCUAAAGGGGAGGUAGCAUCUCAUGCCUCCUCCAGGGCUGUUUGUACUCUUCUUAUUCUCUUUCAUUCAUAAAAAAAAAUAAGAACAUGAUAUUGAGAAGCUAUGAAAUCCCUUCUUUUGAGUAUGUAAAGGAUGUGGUUAAGUCCUUGAGGAGUUUGAAAGCUCUAGGACCAGAUGGGGUUCCUGCAUAUAAAAAACUUUGGGAUUUAAUGGGGCAGGAUAUUCGUGAUUUUGUUUGUUAUUUUUUUGAAUAAGAAAUCAUUAAAGAGAUCGAAUCCAA